AUGACAUUACUAAAAGAACAUAAUAACAAAAUACUUCCUCAUCUGCAACAACAACAUCAUCAUCAUGGGUUAAAAAAUUUAUUUAAAAAAGAUACUACUACUACUAAUAAUAAUAAUAUUACACCAUCAGAUACUAAUUCUUCAUCAAAUUCAUCUUCAUCUCAUAUUGGGUUAUCAAAAUUAUUUCAUUCAUCACAUAUUAAUAAUAAUAAUCAUCAUCCUCAAAAUAAUAACCAAGCUCAAGUAAAUUCUCCAAUUACAAAUGACAAUAAUAUAACUCCACCAAAAAGAUCUCAAUCUUCAUUUUCUUUAAGAAGAAGAAAUACAAAUCCUAUAAAUAUGAAUUCAAAUAUAAAUUCACCAAAUAAUUCAAAUAAUUCAAAUAAUUCAAUAUCUUCAUUAAAUGCAACUUUUAAAAAUAAUAGAAAUAGAGCAAAUUCAGAAUUAAAUCAUAAUGGUAAUAAUGUCAAUAAUAAUAACAAUAGCAACAACAACAAUACAAGUCUAAAUAAUUCAACACCACAUAAAAAAUUAACAAAAGCUGAAACUUUUAAUCAUAUGUCACAAUUAGAUUUAAGAAAUGCUGCAAAACAACAAUUAAGAAAUACAAGAAUUCCAACUAAUCAAUCCCAAUUAUCUAUUUCAACAAAUCAUGAAAAAAUUGUAUAUAAUCCUUAUGGAAUGAAUAAAACUCCAAGUCAAGAACAACCUAAACUGACAAGUUUUUAUUUAUCUGGUGUUAAUGAUGGUGAAAGAAUUUUAUCUAAUCCUGUUGCAAAUCCAAAUGAUUAUUUACCAUUAGAUAUGCAAGAAGAAAAAAUUAAUUUAUUAGAUGAUUAUGAUAUAGAUGUAUCAAAUAAAAAAUUAGGUGAUGGUGGAUCAUCAGAUGUUAGAAUUAUAAAUUCUCAUAAUAAUAAAAAACAAUUAUAUGCAUUAAAAAAAUUUACUUUAUUAAGUAAAGAAACUGAUGAAGAAUUUUAUAAAAGAGUUUCAAAAGAAUAUAUAAUUCAUAAAAAAUUAACUGGAAGUAAACAUGUUGUUAAUGUUUUGGGGAUAUUAAGAAUUUCAUCACAAGCUAAUUUAACAAGAGGUUGGGGAAUGAUUAUGGAAUAUUGUAAUAAUGGAGAUUUAUUUUCAAUGAUUAUAAGAUCAGGUUGGAAAAAACUGUCUCUUGUGGAAAAAUAUUGUUUUUUUAAACAAAUAAGUAAAGGAUUAAAAUAUAUUCAUGAUCAAGAUAUUGCUCAUAGAGAUAUAAAACCUGAAAAUGUAUUAAUUGAUUCUCGUGGAUGUUGUAAAUUAUGUGAUUUUGGAGUAAGUGAUUAUCAACAUGAAAUUCCAGGAGAUUUUAAUUCACCAAUAAAAUUAUCAACAAGUUAUGUUGGAUCACCACCUUAUUCUCCACCAGAAGUUAUGAUACUCAAGGAAAAAUCCCAUGCAGAAAUAAAAAAUUUUGCAUAUGAUAUGUUUAAAGCAGAUUGUUGGGGAUUAGGUAUGUUAUUAUUUUGUAUGAUUUAUUCUGGUGUACCAUUUCAACAAGCAUCACCACAAGAUCAUGGUUAUAGAGAUUAUUCUUUUAAUCAUAAAAGAUACUGUACAGAUCAUCAAAAUUUUAAAAAUAAUAAAGGUAUUAAUAAAGGUCCAGGAUCUGAAUUUAAAUUAGCUGCAAAAUUCGAAAGUUCUGGAGCAUCUCGAAUUGCAUGGAAAUUAUGUGAUCCUUCAACACAAAAGAGAUAUGAUUUAGAUAUGUUAUUUGAUGAUCCAUGGUUUAAAAAUUUAGAAAUUUGUGAAAAUUGUGAAGAUGAUGGUGAUAACAGUGAUUCUUGUCAUAUAAAGAACCAUGAUCAUAAUAUUAGUAAUGUUGCAAAUAGUGGUAGAAAACAAUUGUGUUUAUAA